UACUGGAAACUGAAGAUAGCUCAUAAUUUCUGGAACCAUGAAACCCGUAUCAUAUUUAAUAGUAGUAGCUUCGGCAACGCUCGCUAUUUCUACCAAAGCUGUGGAAAUCAUCGUUCUUACGCCAAAACCAAUUGUUCCCGCAGCGACAUUGGAAUUCAUGAGGUCAGCAUUGGGAUACGGCUACAAAGUUGAGUUUUUGCGAGGAACUGACAUCAUAUUAAACCUUGAAUCCGCACUCGAGGAUUUGGGAGAGAUUGAAGGACUAAUCGUGCUGUACUGCCAUGGGCCAGGUUCAUUACUGAAUGGAGGACCACACGGGAUCAUUGCAAAAUUUUUAAAAACUCAGGCAAAGAUUCUUUUUGCAGCCGAGAGGAAUUUUCGGGCGAAUGAAACACUGACUUCGCUUUACCCAGACGUGGGUUCCAGGAAAAAAUUCCUGAGCUCGACAGGGUUCAUGGGAUUCGCUUCGGACAUCCUUGAUUUGCUGGCGUCACAGACUCGCAGCAAAAAACGGGAUCUCCACACUUUUUUCUCCUUGGCGUAUUUGGAUCCUCAUCUCCGCCAGAAAUUUGGCAUUCGACUCGACACGAAGUCAACCAUUUUUCACGUCUUGAACAAUGGGAUCGGCGAACUGACACUCACCAUGUCCGGGAUCGCACCGGUUCUUAAAAAUGAGGUGGAGAAAAACGUGCCGUUUGUUAUUCAAGCCUACGGAUCUUAUUUGUGGGAAUUGCAUCAAUUGGCUAACUUCAUUCCUGGUGCUUGGGAUCCAGAGACAAAACAGUGUGUGGCUUGCAGAAUGGGAUAUUUCAACCAU